GAACGGGUGAUCUACGAUGAAUGUAAGAUAGAAAUGCUGAGUGGGAGAUAUGAGCAAAAGAAGAAUCCGCCGAUCAGACAAAUAAAAGGUGACAAAGGCGGAGUCUUUUUGGCCGAAGGCCUCGACGUUUACUUUGUUGAUUAUGGAGAGCUGUCUGGUGACGAAAAGACAAACAAUAAAUCCACUUUUUUCCAAUCAAUGCCCGCGCUUCAUAAACCUACCUUCACACUCUAGUGUUUCUGAUUAUAAAAGUAUAUUUUUUUAACAAAUUUCACAGUAGAGAAGUUUGAUCUUACAGUAGUAUGCACUUUCAGUCGCAUCCCCCCUACUGUAAUUUUAAAAGGAAAUAAAAAGGUCGUGGCCUUCCUUUAGUGCUGUUGUUAUAUCAGUAUAAAUCUUGCCCAGAUUUGUUGCCCCAUCUCUGCUAUACACUCUUUUGCGAUUGGCUCUAUCUUUCUGCUUUCUUCCUGUUCGAUGGAAAACCACACAGAAUCCAUCACGUCCUCCGAAAAGUCACUGGGUUAGUGUUACAGGUUGGAAAUGAAAGUGACUUUAGAGUUCACGUGUUCUCCUCAUCAUCAGAGAUUUGUGUUACAGUUGAAGUUGAAGCUGACCCUCCCUGGUUUAGAGUUAAUCUGGUUGCUUGAAAAGCUUCACAAAACGUGGAGUCUAGUGGAAAAACAACCAUACCCAGCAAUGUAUUCGAGUAUAUAUGGGGGUAUCAUACUUGAUCCUGCAAUGAUGGUAAUUCCCAUUGAUGAUCACAUGGUUCAUCGUGGGCAUGGUGUAUUUGAUACAGCAAUUAUUUUUGAUGGGUACCUCUAUGAGUUGGAUGUACACCUUGAUCGCUUUCUCAGGUCAGCGUCAAAGGCAAAGAUAUCGUCUCCCCACUCUCGUUUGGCUCUUCGAAGCAUUCUCAUUCAACUAACUGCUGCAUCAAAGUGCAAGAAAGGAACUCUCAGAUUCUGGUUAAGUGCAGGUCCUGGGGAUUUCUUGCUAUCAUCAGCAGGAUGCCCAACACCGGCAUUCUAUGCAGUAGUCAUUGAUGACGACUUUUUGCAGUGCAAAGAUGGGGUUAAAGUGAUCACAUCCAAUAUCCCCAUGAAGCCACCUCUAUUUGCAACAAUGAAGAAUGUGAAUUAUCUUCCAAAUGUCCUUGCAAAACUUGAAGCAGAAGAGAAAGGAGCGUUUGCUCCUAUAUGGGUUGAUGAGGAAGGUCAUAUUGCUGAAGGUCCAAAUGUGAAUGUUGCUUUUAUAACUCAAGAGAAGGAACUUGUCAUGCCUCCGUUUGAUAAGAUCCUACAUGGGUGCACUGCUAGAAGGCUUCUUGAACUUGCACCCAAACUUGUGGAAGAAGGGCAUUUGAAAGGUAUAAAAACAAAAAAUUUAACCAUGGAGGAAGCUAAAGGCUCUGCUGAAAUGAUGUUUGUAGGAAGCACUCUUCCUUUAUUGCCUAUCAUCACCUGGGAUGAUCAACCUAUUGGCAAUGGAAGUGUUGGAAAAUUAACAAUGCUCCUUUCGGAUUUGCUAUGGAAUGAUAUGCUUGCUGGACCCGACACACAGAGAGUAGCUGUUCCUUAUCUUUAAUGAACCACAAAAUCAUCAAAUUAAAGGCCUGGAACUACUUUGGUAUUCAUUUUUAUUUGUCUUGUUCCUUGUUCUUCCUGGUGUAUAGGUUGAGCAGGGGAUUUCUCUGCCUUAGCUUUAUUUGUUUCAAAUGUGAGUCAAGUCUUGUAUUGAAGCUGUUAUGCUGAACAAAAUGAAUAUUGAAAAGACAUGUUUAUCUGUCA